AUGGGAAACACAGAGAUUAAUGAAGAUUCAAGCUAUAUGGCGAACAAAGAAACUGGCGAACCUGAAAAUAGAUUCACAAAGGACAAUCCUAUCUACAAGCUCUUUCAACGUGUCUUUGUAAAUGAUUCUUGGAGUUGUGCAUCUCCAAUUGAAAAACCCUACUAUUUGGCAGGAAUCUUCCCCCCAGUUUGCUUUUUGUGUGGCAAUAGGGAUGUAACAAAUCCUUCAAAAGGUGAACGUCCAUUGUGUGCCAGAUGUGGUGAAAAUCUCUACCAAAAAAGCGUUAUAAGUGGAGUCCAAGUACGAACAAAAAGGGAAAACAGCACCGAACAAAAUAAUUAA